GCCUUCAUGUUUAACUUUACAUAAUAAUAAACAAAAAUAUAAAACAAUAAUAAGAAGAAGAAGAAGAAGAAGAAGAAGGAGAAAAAGAAGGAGAAGAAUAAUAAGAAGGAGGAGAAGAAGAAGAAGAAGAAGAAGAACAACAACAACAAGAAGAACAAGAAACACAAAAAUCAACAACAGCAACAAACAUGAAAAAAUGGAUAACUGUGGCUUUACAACUAUUUUUUAUAAGUUAUUUACCAACAAUAUGUCAAUUUACAAGUUUUGGUUCUACUUACUGGUUGUUAGAAACAGGUGGUACAUAUAGAGGAUUAAGAAGUCAAUUACUGAAAGGCUCUACAGAAGUGGACAAUAAUGUUGAAGUACUAGAUGACCCCACUUAUGUUUUACUGUUACUAGCAUCUAUACUACUAUGGAUACAAUCUAUGAUAUUUAUGUGUGUUGGUGUUAUAGUUGCAUCAAACAGAUUACACGGAUGUUGUGCCAGACUCUUGUCUAAAGGUGUAUACGUCGCCAUAGGGAUGUACAUUAUUGCUAGUUUCUUGAUGCUGGCAGCUUGUAUAAGGUUUGCUUCUUUGUUUCCAAUGAAGAAGUUAAAAUCUGCAUUCUACAUUAACAUGGCGACAUUUUGCUAUAUUUGGCUCAUAGUGUUGGUAUUCAUUUUCGACCACAUCUUCAAAAGAAGGAAUGAUGCAAAUGUGUGUAGCACACUUAUUUGUGGACUGAGAGAAAUAAGUGAAAAUGAUGACAAUGUUUUUAUUUAAUUUAAAAGUAUUGAUAUGGGUGUAAAAAAAACUGGAGAGAAGAGUUAUGAUUUUUUUGUCAAA